AUGGGUAAUAGCCAAGAAAAACAUCUCGACAAAACCAAUGUCACGGCGCGCGACUCGUCGGAGUCCAGCCAAGUGGGCCAUGUCCAGGAAACCCCGGCCAAGUCGUCAUAUUCGUCGUCGCCGCUGUCAGAGUCGUCGACAUGGUGGACACGCGUGGUCACGUGGCUCGAGGUGCACAAGUCCACCCACGACGAAUCCAUCAAGGAGACGUUCCUGUACAACCAUGAUCUGAAGCCCGUCGAGUCUGGGCGUCGGUUGUGGUCCUGGUUCAAUUUCGUGUACUUCUGGAUUGCGGACUGCUUCAACAUCAACACGUGGCAGGUCGCUGCCACCGGGCUCCAGCUCGGGCUCAGCUGGUGGGAGACCUGGCUUACUGUCUGGAUCGGGUACACCAUCGUAGCUGUGUUUGUGGUCAGCGUGGCGCGCAUCGGGUCGGUGUACCACAUUUCCUUCCCCAUCACCGCCAGAGCCUCCUUCGGUAUCUUCUUCUCGCUGUGGCCUGUUUUGAACCGUGUUGUGAUGGCCAUUGUAUGGUAUUCGGUGCAGAGCUGGAUCGCCAUGUCCCCGGUGUCGCUGAUGCUGAAGAGCAUUUUUGGAUACGAUCUGCCCGACCGUAUCCCAGACCACAUCAAUAGCCCCAACGCUACCACCUACCAAUUCAUGUGCUUCUUCAUCUUCUGGGUGUGCCAAUUGCCUUUUGUCUACGUACACCCUCAUCAAAUUCGUCACUUGUUCACAGUUAAGGCAGCUUUGGUCCCAUUUGCAGCUUUUGGGUUUUUGAUCUGGGCUUUAAAGAAAUCACACGGCCACAUCGCUCUGGAAUCCCUUGUCGAAGGCCCCGCAUUGACCUCUAGCGAACGUGGAUGGGCUUGGAUCCAAGCCAUCCUGGCCUGCAUCGGUAACUUUGCUACGUUGAUUGUCAAUGCUCCCGAUUUCUCGCGUUUCUCCAAGACGAAGAACUCAUCAACCUACUCUCAGGCAUUCUCUAUCCCAUUCUUCUUCUCUAUUACUUCCCUGAUUGGUAUUAUCGUCACCUCGGCCGCAUUCAAAAUUUACCAGGUCAAUUAUUGGUCGCCCUUAGAUGUAUUAGACAGAUUUUUGGGAGAUGGAUUUACCAAAGGGGAGCGCGCCGGUGUCUUUCUCAUUUCCUUAAUCUUUGCAAUCGCGCAGUUGGGUACCAACAUUAGUGCUAAUUCUUUAUCUGCUGGUACAGACAUGACAGCACUUUUGCCCAAAUACAUCAACAUUAGACGUGGUGGAUUUAUUUGUGCAGCGCUGGCGCUAUGCAUAUGCCCAUGGAACCUGAUGUCUAGCUCCAGUAAGUUUACAAUGGCUUUGAGUGCUUAUGCUAUCUUCUUAAGUUGUAUCGCUGCAGUGAUGGUCGCCGAUUAUUACGUGGUAAGAAGAGGAAAGCUUGACUUACAACACUUGUACAGCGCAGACAAAUCUGUUUCAAUCUACAUGUAUGGAAACAAAUACGGUAUUAACUGGAGAGCUUUGGUAGCCUAUCUUGCUGGUAUUGUCCCAAACAUGCCAGGGUUUGUUGGUACCGUUGGUAACAACAUUCACGUUCCCAUGGGUGCCAUUAAAGUGUACUACUUAAACUACUUGGUUGGGUUUUCCGUCUCUUUUACCAUCUACGUCGCUCUAUGCUACUUCUUCCCUGUUCCUGGCGCUCCUGUGAAAAACAUUUUAGGAAAGAGUGAAUGGCUCGAGUCCGAACAAGAUGUGGAAUUCUUCCGGGAGGACAGAGAAGCAUUCUACUCCAGCUACGGUUUGGAUGUCGUUUCCUCCCGGCUUGGUGAGGAAGAUGAAGAUCCUGCGGUCGCAUUCACCGUGCGUAGCCGCGAAUAA